AUGUGCAAGCCUCCUUUUCUGCCCCGCCGUCUGCGGUGGGGCUGCCGCCAGGAUGCACCUCUUCGUGAAGACCACCCUCUCGAGGUCGAACCCUCGGACAUGAUAGAGAACGUGAAGGCCAAGAUCCAGGACCAGGAGGGAAUUCCUCCUGCUCUACAGCGGCUGAUCUCUGCUGGCGAGCAGCUGGAAGGUAGACACACCUUGUCUGACCACAGCACUCAGAAGGCGUCCACUCUUCAGCGUGUGCUCAGACUUUGUGGCGGUGCGAAGAAAAGGAAGAAGUCUUACCCCACUGCCAAGAAGAACAAGCAUAAGAGAAGGAAAGUGAAGCUGGCCGUCUUAAAAUGCUGUAAGGUGGAUGAAAGUGCCAAAAUCAGCCGCCUUCGGCCCGAGUGCCCUUCGGACGCGUGUGGGGCCAGGGUUCUCAUGGCCAGCCACUGUGCGGUCUGA